CCCCCCCCCCCUCUAAAGAAGGAGCACGGGGCCCGCUGCUACGCCUCAGCCGCCAGAAGGCCGUCGGGUGGAGGAGAUCCGAUGCCGACGAGCCACUCAUGUCGGUGUCCCAGGUCUCGGAGCCUCCGGAGUCGCCGUCGCUGUAGGGAGAUGAGUCGGCGGGGGCAUGAUGGUGUUGGGGUCAGGAGGGGAAGGGCAUCGCCGAUGAUGAUGUGGAGGAGGACGAGGUCGAGGCCCCUCUUCCCUGCCGUGAAUCGGUGGCGACUACAACGUGGGCAUGGUGAAGCGGCAGGCGGCACGCGCGUCAGUGCUCGUGUGCCCUGGCCGGUGCGGACUGCGACUGCGCGUAGGGUACCAGCAGCAGCUUGCUCAAGCCGCCGGGCGGACUGCCUGCCUGAUUGUGUCAAGUGCUAUAAUUGACAAAUAUAUCGGGGAAAGUGUGCUUUUAAUCAGAGAAAUGGUCGGCUAUGCACGCGAUCGCCAACCAUGCAUUAUCUUCAUGGAUGAAAUCGAUGCAAUUGAUGCGAGAAGAUUUAGUGAGGGAACCAAUGACGACCAUGAGAUCCAGCGGACACUGUUGGAGCUUCUUAUUCAUUUAGAUGGAUUUCAUGAUCUUGGCAAGGUAUGUUGCCUUUCAGGCCCAGCGCAUCUCUAGGAAAUUAUAUGUUGUUCUGUGUUCGAUCAACUUGCAUCAGUCUCUGCUCGUCGGUGUGAAAAAGGGGAAGUGUAGAAGUAGUGGGGAGUGCAGCUGACUAAAAUCCAUGUAGCAUUUGUGUUGGGUACAUCGAAAUGAAGAUCAGGAGAAUUCCGAUGAUUCUGAUGUGGAAAUGGAUGAUGUCAUACCUCUGGAGUACUCUGAAAGGUGCUCUUUUAUAUUUGGUUCCUUAGUCAUGGCAUCAUGAGGUUCCUUUCUUCGGCCAAACUAAAGCACUUAAUUCUACUUUGUCUUUCCUUUUGAAUUAAAUGUUAUAUAUCCUUAUUAGACGUAUCAUUGCCUAUGAUGGUUCUGAACUCAAAUAACAUAGUAUAUGUACUUUGAUUGAUGUGAUACUAAUAGAUCCUAAUGAACUCAAACAAUACAGCAUACGCCCAUAUUGAUGUACAUAAGUGAUACUGAUGACCAAACAUGACAACCGAAGUGCCCAGACAAAAUAAGUGCGCAUAGGCCCGCCUCAGGUGGCGCCCCAGCCUCUAGUAUGGUGUAUGCUACACCGAAUGGAGUACCAACCGUUGUUCAUGGCGGCGUCUAUGCGGUUGGAGCAAGUGGCCAGGGAGAUAUUUACUCAACAUGGAUGGCAGCAUAAUCUCCAGAUCGCUCCACCACCUCCUUCGACAGAGGCAUAGUGUCGGUACUAUAUGACUCACUGUUGUCGAUAUGUCGAUUUUCUUAUCUUAUUUUUGUCAGACUUCUGCUUUUGGCUGUGUGCAUCUUAGUUAUGCAUAGACUGGGUGUGGCUCAUUAUGUUUUGUAUCCGCUUGAUGCUAUAUUUUGAGUUAAUAAAAACACCCAUUAUUAAAAAAAAUCUUUGACUAGGAGCAUGUAGUGGAACGAGAGAGAUAAGAAAAAUUAUGGUUGUACAAUUGAAAAUAAUAUAUGAAUAAAUUUGAAACAAUAAUAAUAAUAUAAAAGCAU